UAAUACAAAUAAUUUAAGAGAGCUUUUCUUUUAUUUAUCACAUUUAAAAGAAUUUGGAGACCAUGGUAGGAAUAAUGGCUAGGAGACCUCUAAGUCACCGGAUUUUGACGUGGGAUAACCGGGAAACUGAUUUUUCCGGCGAGCCUGCAAUUAAUAAUUCAGACACCGUUUUCAGCUUUCUUGAUGAGGAGGCUCAAAGUUCGUCGCCGGAAAGUGUUAAUGAUGAUGUUUAUGUUAGAGACCAAGAUGAAGAUGAAGAGAAAGAAACCAAUGAAAAUGUUGAAAACAAUAAAUUCUGGGAAACUCAACAUCAACUUUUACAAGCUGUACUAUGCCGGACAACAUCAUUAGAAACACAAAUUCGAAGAAUUACUAAAGAAACUGUAAAAGAAACAAAGCAGUCGGAGAGUGGCUGCUCUUGCCGAAAAAUGAGCAACAACGGCUGCCGGAACUGUGUCAUGCAAGAGUUAUGUAGUCGUCUGCAAAAUGCAGGUUUCAACUCUGCAAUUUGCAAGUCUAAGUGGAGGAGCUCACCAGAUAUUCCUUCAGGUGAACACACAUUCAUAGACGUGGUGGACAAUUCCAACCCUAAAAAGGGGGAAGUGAGGAUUAUUAUUGAAUUAAAUUUGCGAGCGGAGUUUGAAAUAGCCAAAGCAAGCGAAGAGUACAAUCAACUAGUUAAAUGCCUACCAGAAGUAUUUGUUGGAAAAAUUGAGAGAUUAAUGUCACUAAUCAAGAUUUUGUGCAACGCUGCUAAGAAAUGUAUGAAGGAGAAGAAAAUGCAUAUGGCACCAUGGCGGAAACAAAGAUACAUGCAAGCUAAAUGGCUUAAAACAUUUGAACGUAUGAGUAGUACUACUACUGCUAAAUUCCCAUUAUCGUCUGAUCAAGAAUAUUCAUCAAGCCGAUUGCCAAGGCCAAGGGCACCUAUGCUUACCAUGGAUUUCUUGGAAAUUUUGCCAAAUUUACGUUAUACUGCAGUCCAAGUGGCGUGAAGGGAUAGGAACAUCAGUUUGUUUCGAUCACUGUACAUAACUGAAUAUUCAUCAUCUGGGGUGCGGGGGGAGGGUGGGGGUUAUUUUCAUUUUAUUUUCCUUAGGAUUUAGAGUUGUAUUCGAGGUGAAAAAAGUGCAACACGUGAAAGGUGAAAGCUAGUUCACCCACAAUGUCCACUUUCUUAAUUUUGAGUUGUUUCUUUUAGAUCCUUAACGGAUUGAAGCAAUAAAAUGGAUCAAAUAUAAAUGAAUUUUUAUCUUGCUAUA